AUGCUGCCAAGCUCACCAAUUGUCAGUAGGCAGCCUACAAUCGCAUCCCGUAGACAGCGUAUGAAUUCAGAAAAGCUGUCAUUCAGCCUCUCUAUUAAUACAAAUGUCAGUUACCAAGACUUUACAAAAGCUCGAGGAUUUCAACAGACUGCUAAAAUCAACGAUGCAUUCUGUAGGCAUAAUACUUUGUCUCAUCAACCACAACAACACCAGCAACUGCUGCGUCGGGUAUCAACCACUACAAUGUCCAACUCAUCGGAAUCGUUGUCAAAUGAAGAACUUUCCUCGAGAAUUGCGGAUAGUUUCCAACAAUUUUCAAGUAUACUUACUCAAUUAUCAAGCAGCACUUUUCCCAAAGGUGGAAAUAACAAUAAUAAUUGUGGAGCUGCAAGUGAAUCAGAGCUUAUUGCCAAUACGGGAAUACCGGUGACACCAUCCCAUAUAAAUCAAAAUUCCUCGUCAGACGCGAAAAUAUCAAUGGGCAGUAAACUAUCACAAGUCAAGGAAAUGCUAGUUAGUCUCUCCACAGAAAAUCAACACCAACCACAAAACGAACAAACACAGCGUAAAAAUGCAAAAGCAAUAAUGACAAAUAAUCGACCGCAAAUGAAUAUGGAAGGUUAUGAUGAGCAUGCUAGGUUAAAAGAAUUCAAUGAAGUAUACGCUGUUUAUGAUCAUAAAAUAUUCAACGCAAAUAUCAGGAACCCUAAACUUCGUUGCAAGCUCAUUGCUCGAUGGUUUAACCGAGCUGCUGCUAUGGGCGAUAUGCAAACAAUGCAACAUAUGUUGGAACAUGUGGAAGUGAAUGUCAACUUAUCGGAUGACAAAGAUUCAGGAAUAACGCCUUUGAUGUACACUUCUUAUUUUGGACAUAACAAAUGCAUAGAGCUAUUGUUAAAACAACCGAACAUUCGAAUUAACAAACAGGAUAAAAAGGGCUGGACAGCACUAACUUGGGGAGUAAUCGGCUACCGAACACUAAGUGUAAAAAUGUUAUUAGGUAAUGGUGCAGAAAUACCAGCAAUGUCAAAAAUCGUUGAGAAUCUGUCAAAUAGCUUGGCAGCAAAAAAUCCUAUCAUUCCUGUUGCUGUUGUGAUAAAUAAUGAUACCGCGUUACUGCCGGCAAAGUUUUCAACGACGCUGUUUCCGACUAAUCAAAAUCAAUACAUGUUACUACAUUAUCAUCGUGAAUCUAAUUGCAAUUAUACGAAUGAACAAACGAUAUGCGAGGAGUAUAAUCAACAUCGAUCCUCAACGUCUGAUUUCAACCAAAUGAACGAUAUAGUUAAUACAAAACAACGCAAGGAGGAAAUAACCGGGGGCCACCAAAUUGAAAACAUACAAAAGGAAGAUGAAGACGUCUUUAAAGAUUGGACGAAACAGAUACUGACAUCUUGCACGUUCGACUGGCACAGAUGUCUGUAUAGCCAAAUGUUUGUGUAUAAUGUAAUGGAUAUGCAUGUUAUCAUUGAUAUGGCAUUGCAGGUUAGCAAUGUAAAAGCUUUGAAAGAUCAAGUUUCGUCAAGUAACGAGCUUUGGCGUCCGGCGAACGUGCUGUUUCUCUCUUCUCGGUAUGCAUGUUAUUAUUCUAGCAAGGAAUCACUUUCAAACAUAUUGGAAGCUUAUUUGAACAAGCAGGCAAAAGUUAUCAAGACAGCCUCCCAUAAUGCAGAAGUACUAGCAUUCUGGAUGGCUAACAUGUGUCAGUUAUUAAGAUACUUCAAAAAAGAUAUCGGCUUAUCACUCACCACACACAAAUUCCAAACAAAAUUAACAGAACUUGUAUGGAUUGCGUACACAUAUUUUGUAAGCGAGUCAACCAAAGAACUAGGAAAAGUGUUGGAUUCUUGUUUGAUAGAUUUUGAGUCCUUACCUGAACUUGGAACUGUCGAGUUUGCUGAUGACUGGCAAAGGUUCUUUAAAAGGUCUAGUAGAAGUUCACUAGAUUCUAAACGUACAGAGGUGUCUCCCAGGGUAGCAGUUAAUUAUAUCAAUGUUAACAGCUUUAAGGCUGGUAACUCAACACUAGAUUUUUCAAAGACACCGACGACACCAUUAUUAUCGCCGCAACGGCAUUCAAUCACAUCAAUCACGUCUCUUGAAAAUACUCAAACUAAUAGUCCUCAUACAAUCAGUCAAAGCCUAGUCACAGCUCAGUCUACUCUGCAAUCAUACCACGUUCCGCCAGCUAUCAUUGUUCAAUGCAUGUCACAAUUGGUGCGAUAUGUCUCAUUUGAAGUAAUACAGCGUAUUCUAUCACAAAAGAAAAGAAAAUGUUUGUGCCGCACCAAAGCUCUUCAAAUAUGUAUAAAUAUACAUAGUCUGGAAGAAUGGUUGAGCUUGAACCAGUUUCCACCAUCAAUGAUUUGCAAACAUUUUCAACCAUUAAAACAAAUAUUACAAUUGCUACAAUGCAUAUCUCAAAUAGAUGAUGUCUUUGCCUUCACUUCGGCUAUGGAGAGAUUUGAUAAAGUGAGUCCAACACAGAUGAAAUACUGCAUACAAAAUUAUCGGUAUGAAGUUACAGAAGCGAGAUUACCGGUAGAAAUUGAGCAGUUAGUAUCUCAGAUCACAACGGAAUACGAACAGCGAGAACAAGAUAUCAAAAACAGUGCAGAUCGGGGAUCUAAUGCUCCUCAGCUAUGGAGCAGUAAUUUAAAGCAGUUGGAUCUCCUUAUCGCACCCGUAUCAGUAAAGACUGAUCACUUGAUAACAAUUAUACCAACUGAGCAGUUAUCAGAAGAGAGUAACAAUACAUAUAUUACAAAUAUGUCGUUUCCAAAGGAAAUGGAAUCUGAUUAUAUUCUUCCAUUCUCAGCAACCGAAGUGAAUGAUCUUCUAUCUUGCUGGAAGUCGCAACAGCGAAAGAAUCUCCAGAAAACCGUUGAGAUCAACAAUUAUGCCGACGCAAUAUAUAAAGCGAUCAAAGUUGAAAAGCAAGAUCAUGAAGAUUUAUUUGAUAAGAUAUAUCCUUGUAUCCCAGAAGACUGGCUUUUUCAAUUGGAUAAGAGAUUAGGUAUACAAUAA